ACGAUUCCGAGGGCUGGUAACACGUUUGUAGAAAGAGAGAAAGUCUCUUUGUAGAAAGAGAGAAAGACAACCUUUCGAUCAUAUCGCAAGGCUUUGUCUGUCGUAAACUGAGGGAAACCUUGAAAAUUUUUGGCCGCCAGUUAGUUCAGAGGUUAAUAAGGCCUGACCAUUGCCUAUGUCUUGUUGAUAUUCAAUCGACUACAUCCGACGUGGCGUUUCACGACUAAAGACAACACGAUGUACAUGUCCUCACGGAGAAAGUGUUUGAACCUGGUGUGGGUUGGGACGAUCGUGGCGCUGUGCUUGUACCUGGGCAACCUGGCGCUGCAACGACCAACCGGUGCGUUAGAUAGAGAGCUGCAGCAUCCAAAACUACGAGCGGGAAAACACAAGACAGAAGCCCCGCAGAUGAUUCGGAUCAUCGGGCUUGAAGGGGAAGAAGAACGCACAGGAGAAGAAAAGGAGACGGUCACAAACUCCUUAAACGAACCAGAACGUCUUGACGAUCCCAAAGACAAGCCGACGGAAGGUUUCAAACCGGUACAGCCACAAGUGCCAGAGGUUGUGAUCCCCAAAGUGCCGCCAAAACUUGACCUCCAGAAACCCGGCGGGGUCACCUGGGUCAAGGCCAACCACAAGGGCGUCCCAGUGGUGGAGGAUGGCAUCUACUGGGCCAGGAAAAUAGAGGGGAAAAUUCCCUCAGGCCAUAGUGUGGGCACCAUGCACAUGAAGCGGCACGCGAUGCGCCACCUGCCUGUGGAGGAGGUACUGCAGGCGCGGUACGGCGGAUGUGGACACGGGGCGGACAGAGUGCUCAGGCUGUCUGAUGACUCCUGGCUGUGUGCUAGAUACAGGGAUCCAACCACCCUGCAAGGGGAGAUGCUCUCCUUUCUACUAGGAAGGCUACUGGGCAUGCGCAACGUUCCAACAGUGGUGCUGUCCCAGGUGAACUUCACCGCCAUCCCGGAGCACCUGCUGUUCCUCCUGACGGCCGCUGGGUGGCAGGACAAGCACAUCGUCGGCAUGGUGGACUGGCAAGGAGACUUCAUCGAGACACUGUUUCCUCAUCAUAUCUUGGACGAUUCGGAAACGAGGCUGGGGACGGUUUCACCAAUGAACAGACGGAUGCGACUGAUGUCCGUCUCCGACCUGGUGGCGCUUGCGCAGUGGUCCGACCUCCUGGUGUUCGACUACAUCCUCUUCAACAAUGACAGACUGGUGAGAAACCUGUACCUCGCGCAGACCAACAGCACGAAGUACUUCCACGAGCCGGUUAAGAACGUUCGGCGCUCCGGGAGCAACAACGGGCUCUGGUACACCAACAAUGGCGACCAACUCAUAACCUCGUUCUCGUGGCUGGCCGGCAUUGCGCCUUCACGCGGAGAGGUGGACUAUACCAUUAUGAAAACCUUACAUGAGGACCUCCUGAAAACAACUUGUUUGUUCCGCAGAGAAACCGUUUUACACAUUGAAAAGCUUUACGCGACACGAAACGCAGCUGAUAUACUAUUUAAAGAACUUAGAGAGAAAGAACCUCACGGAAAGUCCUUGCCGCCAUUGCCACGUGACCUUGACUUCGGAGAGGUACUCCAGAAGCGGAUAGAUGACGUCUACCUGCACUUCCAGCGCUGUCGCCAGGCGGCGGAUCUCGUGAUGUCACAGCUCAAGGACACCUCAUCGCUUGUGGUGAAGAAAGACAAGAGAGUUAAAAAGAACAGACAUGAAAAUCUGUGA